UAUAGAUAGCUACGUCCCUUAACUGGCGUGCUCAGCUUGCUAGCUUGAUUAGUUAAUAAAGAAACGGGUUUACUAAAUUAGAAAAAUUGGCUCGCGUUUAUUGGACAAAUACAGUAUUCGGAAUAUCGGGAAAAAUGCUUGUUAUGCCAACAAGCUUGAGCUAACCAGUAACUACACUUGUUAAUUCUGAUUAAGUUGUUACACUGGUGCUUAGUUUACUUGCUUGACCUAAUUAUCUAUAUAUAUAGAUCUAGAUAAGCCAAAUGGGAUAACUAGUUUGGUUACUAGACAAGUAGACAAUGGGUAACAAGCUUGGUAAGCUAACUUGCUUCAGCAAGCUACUCUUGAAUGAACUUGACACGCUGACUAGCUUGAUAGCUUUGGCUAAGCAACUUGAUUCAGUGGAUAGAUAAGGAAAGAUUGGUCAUUUAACUAGCUCGCAAAAGCAGUUGGACAUAAAGACAUUUGUAACAAGCUUGCUAAGCUAACUGCAGAUUGAUAAGUGAACAACUAUAAUAGUUGGACAUAAAUGCAUAUUUAUAAGACGCAAAGAUGGGAUAAUCUCGAGGGAGAGCCUGCUCAGUUUACCAUCUUGAGCUAGCAGUAGAUAUAGUGAGAUAAAUGGGAUGACUAGUUUGAUAAGAUAAUUUACUAUCACAGAUAGAUGGCCUAAUUGGUUUUAAGUGCAAAAUAGCUGAAACUAAUAAUUAGUUAAGAUAAGUAAAAGAUUGGUAAGUUAACAACUAGAAUCGUGCCCCAGAAGGCACAUUUAUAAGCUAAUUGGCCUGAGUUAAUUAGACAGAUGGGUUUACUAGCAAAGACUAAAUUGCUAGGUUGAGCUAACCAGCUUCAGUAGACAGCUAGAUUAAUGGGCUGGCAAAAAAUGGCCCAACUGUGUUGCCUAGCCAGCUUGCUAAACUAACUAGGUAAGAAAUCAGUUAGUUUGGUUGUCUUUUCACUUCUCAUUUGGCUCACUGUUGACUUUCCCGUGCCCCUUGCACUCCCUCCAGUUGUGUUUUGUUGUGUUUGUGUUGUUGAGCCGUGUCUGAAUGUUGAGACAGCCGCCGGUCCUCAAAGCCCGCCAACAGCCAGCGGCGGCGCCCCUCUGUACUGUAUACGGGCGGGUACACGGCCAACGAUGGCACGAGGCACAAAUGCAAAGGGCUUUUGUGUCAACCAUCGUGACCUUCAAGUUGCUGGGAAUUACAGUCUCUCGGGACCUGAAGUGGGCGAUCAAAAUCAACUCCGUCCUCAAAAAGGCCAAGCGGAGGAUGUACUUCCUGCGGCUUCUGAGAAAGCAGGGCCUGCCACGGAAGCUGCUGAGGCAGUUCUACACAGCGGUCAUCGAAUCAGUCCUGUGUUCUUCCAUCACAGUCUGGUCUGGCGCUGCUACAAAAAAGGACAAACUCCGACUGCAACAGACAAUCAAAACUGCUGAAAAGAUUGUCGGUACCCUCCUACACACCCUUGAGAACUUGCACGCUGCCAGAACUAAGACAAGAGCGUGCAAAAUCCUCUCGGACCCUCCGCAACCCGGUCACCGGCUCUUCCGGCUCCUUCCCUCAGAUGGACGACAUCGACGCCAUGUUCAGCGACCUGCUGGGCGAGAUGGACCUCCUGACGCAGAGUCUGGGAGAGUCUGAAGCGGCGCCCUCGUCCGGAACCGAGGCCGAGCGGGAAGUCGACCUCUGCGUGGGCUCGACGGACCUUAAUGCAGCGUCUCUGAGCGAGCUGGAGGACGACGACUUGGACGCCCUGAUGGCCGACCUGGUGGCCGACCUCAACGCCACCGAAGAGAAGCUGGCGGCCGAGAUCGAGGGUCUGAAAGCGCCGCUGCCGCCGGGCGCCCACCUGUCCUCCUCAGGCCCGUCGCCCGCCGCCGACUCCUCGUCCGCCUUCCCGUCUCCGCCGCCGCAAACCAGCAAACCUUCCAUGGAGGAAAUUGAGGCCCAGAUCAAAGCAGAGAAAAUCAAGCUGGCUCUGGAGAAACUCAAAGAAGCCAAAGUGAAAAAGCUGGUGGUGAAGGUGCGCAUGAACGACGGCAGCUCCAAAACCUUGAUGGUGGACGAGCGGCAGAAGGUGCGAGACGUGCUGGGCAACCUCUGCGAGAAAACGCACUGCGACUGCAACGUGGACCAGAGCCUGUGCGAGACCAACGCCCAACUGCAGCUCGGUCAGAACAACACGCCGCACACACCCGCCAACGCCACCAGAGAGAGGACUUUUGAGGACCACGAAAACCUGGUGGAGCCUCUGCUGGCCUGGACCAGGAACAGCGAGAACCAGAUCCUCUUUCGGGAGAGUCCAGACAAGUACGAGGUCUUCAAAAAUCCACAGACGUUCUACUUGUGGAAGAAGAACAAGAAGGCGUUAAAUGCCAUGAAGGACAAAGACAAGGAAAUCUUGAUUCAGGAGAACUUCUGCGGUGCGUCCGUCAUGGUGCCCGACCUGGAGGGGGUGCUGCACCUCAAAGAGGACGGCAAGAAGUCGUGGAAGCCCCGCCUCUUCCAGCUCAGAGCCUCCGGGAUUUAUUAUGUGCCGAAAGGCAAGACCAAGUCAUCUCGUGACCUGGUCUGCUUUGUGCAGUUUGACAACGUCAACGUUUACUACGGAAAAGACUUCAGAGCCAAACACAAAGCGCCCAACGACUUUUGCUUCGUGCUCAAACAUCCUCAGAUCCAGAUGGACUCGCAGUACAUCAAGUACUUGUGCUGCGACGAUGCUUGGACCAUGAACCUCUGGGUCACUGGAAUACGCAUUGCAAAGACCAAUCACAGAGCCAGGUGGCCAACGGACACGCCCCCAAAACUCAAGCUUCUUCUCAGGACAACAAAAUGCCACCUGCACCUCCUCCACCUCCCCUACCAGGCGGCGCCUCCCCCCCACCGGCAGCACCUGACCGCAGCUUCCCUUGCCCUCCUCCCCCCCCCCCUCCCGAGCAAAUCUUUCCCCAAACCCGUCCCCCAAGCGCGCCGCCUACCGACCAACUUCCCGCCGCCUCACGCCGCCAUGGGUGACCUCCCGCCUCCCCCUCCCCCACCAACCAUCGACGACUCCCCGCCGGACUUUCUCCCCCCGCCUCCUCCGGCAUCCAAUUUUGGCUUGCUGCCACCUCCUCCGCCACCCGUGAAGACUCUACCGCCUGCCCUGCCUCACGUGAAGACUCUGCCGCCUCCCCCUCCGAGUUUCAAAACCUCGGACCUCCCGCCGCCGCCUCCUGAUCCCGGAUUUCUCUCUCCUCCACCUCCGCCUCCGCCGGCCGCCGCAGCCCCCCUGAGGGCUUCGGUGAGGCUUUCUGGGUCGGUGAAGAAGAUGCCGCCGCCUCCGCCGAAGAGGACGACACCUCUGCAUGGCGGCGACGGCGGAGGCGACUUUAUGUCAGAACUGAUGCGCGCCAUGCAGAAGAAGCGUGACCCCCAAUAAUUCAGUUGACGGUUUUGCCUUCGGCCAAUUUGAAGCCGACGUCGUUUGCAAGAUGUGUAUAUAGACGGUUCGUGUCACAUUUACAUAAAUGUAAGAAAAAAAUGCUCAAUCUAAAAUAAAUGUAAAUAACAUAUCUCAGUGACAAAUAAAAUGCUGAAAAAAUA